CUAUCGCUUUCCAAACAUCGGCUGCAGUAGAAAAAGAAAAAGUUAUGGAGCUGCUCCGAUCAAAUCUCUCUCGGCUGCGAAUUCCGGAACCGACCAAUCGCAUCUACAAGCAUGAAUGCUGCAUUUCAUUUGAUACUCCGGGAUUAUGAUGUGAGAAAAUUUUGAGGAUUGACGGACAUUAAUAGUAAGAGAAUCCAGCUCCGUGUGAAGAAUGAAGAUGCGAGUUACUAAAUGCAAUGCUGUUUGUCUUUUGUGAAUAAAUCAACGUGGCAAAGUAAGCAUAGCAGUGGAAAAAGUAUCGAGAGAUCAGAAGGUGGACUGUUUGUAGAUAUGAAUUCGUUUCUGGCUUUUGGCAAGGAAUUUGUGGAUUGGAACUAUAAGAAGAGUGGGAAUCCUGUUUAUUUGCACAUCAAAGAAACAAAAAAGGCAGUUUCUGAAGACAGACCAUCAAAAAAACCAACACUUCUAGCCAUAGGUGUUGAAGGAGGAUUUGAUAACAAUGACCCAGAAUAUGAGCAGAGCUAUGAAAUAGUCAUUUUACCGGAUUAUGCCCGCCUUCCCUUUCCAUGUGUAGAUUUGCCAGAAAAGGUCAGAUUAGCAGUUGAUGCUGUUAUUAUGAAUGUGGGUGCUGAGAAGAAAGAACAAGUUGCUGUAUGGACUGCUGAUACAAAACAUGUCAGUAAACAUGCAUUGGAAUUAAAGCAGCUUGACAAUGGGGUGAUUGUUCCUCCAUCCAGCUGGAAGUGUGAGAAAUGUGAUAAAAUGGAAAAUCUUUGGUUAAACUUAACUGACGGAUCAAUCCUCUGUGGUAGAAGAAAUUGGGAUGGAACUGGGGGUAAUGACCAUGCAGUUAAUCAUUACAGCACAACUGGGUAUCCCCUUGCUGUGAAGCUUGGAACAAUAACUGCGGAUCUAGAGGCAGCAGACGUUUACUCUUAUGCGGAGGAUGAAAGUGUUGUAGACCCACUUCUAGCACAGCAUCUGCAACAUUUUGGCAUAGACUUUUCAUCCUUGCAAAAGACCGAAAUGACAACUGCGGAGAGAGAACUUGAUCAAAACACCAAUUUCGAUUGGAACCGCAUUCAGGAGAGUGGUCAAGAAGUUGAGCCACUGUUUGGACCGGGUUAUACAGGACUUGUGAAUCUUGGCAACAGUUGUUACUUGGCUGCAACUAUGCAGGUUGUGUUCUCCACACAUGGCUUCUGUUCAAGAUACUACUUGAACCAAAGUUUGAAAGCAGCUUUUGAUUCAGCUCCAGCUGAUCCAACUGUGGACUUAAAUACCCAACUGGCAAAGUUAGCCCAUGGGUUACUUUCUGGAAGAUAUUCCAUUCCAGCAACCAAGAAAGACGAUGCAGGAGAUUCAGCUCAUACUACGUUGAAAGAUAAACAAGAAGGAAUUCCCCCCCGUAUGUUCAAGUGUGUAAUUGCUGCAAAUCAUCCUGAAUUUUCAACUAUGCGACAACAGGAUGCUUUGGAGUUCUUCCUACAUCUUAUCGACCAAGUUGAGAGGAUCAACACUGGCAAUCAGGUCUUGGAUCCUUCAAAAAGUUUCAAGUUUGGUGUUGAAGAGCGGCUGCAAUGUCCAUCAGGCAAAGUUGCUUAUAACAAAAGAUGUGACUACAUUCUAUCUCUAAACAUUCCACUCCAUAAAGCUACAAACAAAAAAAAGUUAGAAGAUUUCAAAAUGUUAAAAGCGGAGAAGGAUGCAAAGGGUGAAGAACUUUCAUCAGAUGAAAUUGUACGCCCAAGGGUACCUCUGAUGGACUGUUUGGAUUGCUUUGCUGCCCCUGAGGAGCUACAUGAUUUCUACAGUAGUGCAUUAAAUGCCAAGACAACUGCAAUCAAAAGUGUAGGCUUGACUUCAUUUCCUGAUUAUUUGGUAUUGCAUAUGAGAAAAUUCGUCUUGGAGGAGGGCUGGGUCCCAAAAAAACUUGAUGUCUACAUUGAUGUUCCUGAUACCAUAGACAUCAGUUUUAUGCGCAGUAAAGGUCUUCAAUCUGGGGAGGAAUUAUUACCUGAUGCUGCUGCUGAGGAUGACGGGAUAAGUGCUAAUGAGGACAUUGUCAACCAACUUGCAUCAAUGGGGUUUCAAUAUCUUCAUUGCCAAAAAGCUGCUAUCAAUACCAUGAAUGCUGGAGUGGAAGAAGCAAUGAAUUGGUUACUUUCCCAUAUGCAUGAUCCAGACAUUGAUGAACCUGUCACUAAAGCUCAAAAGGAUGUUCCACAUGUUGAUCAAUCGAAAGUUGAGACUUUGAUAUCAUUUGGGUUUGAGGAAGAAGUUGCCCGUAAAGCUCUACAGGCAUCGGGUGGUGAUAUAGGGAAGGCUACAGAAUGGAUAUUUAAUCCACCUGCUGAUACGUCAAAUAUGGAUGCUACGCCGAGUAGCAGUGGAAAUGUGGUUGAUACUGCUAUGUCAGAUGGACAAGGAAGAUACAGACUCAUCGGAUUAGUGAGCCACAUUGGUACAUCUACACACUGUGGACAUUAUGUUGCCCAUAUAUACAAAGAUGGUAGGUGGGUGAUUUUCAAUGAUGAUAAAGUUGGGAUAUCGAAGAAUCCACCACUCGACAUGGGUUACUUGUACUUUUUCGAGAGAAUUGAUCGUUGAGUUUCUCAAAUGCACUCUGCUGCUGCUGAAAGGUAGGAGGAAGCGCACGUCUCCAGCAAUCUUCUGUAGCCUUUCAGCUAUGCUUAUUUUCCCCCCUGAUGUCCAGGAUUGAGGUGUGGAAGAGACGCAAGUGAUCUUUUAUUAUACCCAUUUUUUUUCUGUGGUUUUGUUAUUGUUCUACUUUUGUGAUUCUCUAUCUUCAGUGGGUAAAAAUGAAGUGACAGGCAUGGCUGUUUCUUUA